GGAAGUCUCAUAGCUCAGUUCGGGUACCCAGAGUGCUUGGCUGACGGAGCCACGCGCGUGUUGAAGGAGCCAUGGGGAAGCUGCGACGCCGCUACAACAUGAAGGGGAGGCUGCAGGCGGAGCCCCGGCCCGUCAAGGGCCCUGAAGCGCCUCCCGUGAGGCUGGAGCUGGAAGACAAGGAUGUGUUGAAAGGAGUGGAUGCCAGCAACGCCCUGGUGCUGCCGGGGAGGAGGAAGAAGAAGACCAAGGCGCCUCCCCCAUCCAAGAAAGAGAGGAAGCCCCUGACGAAGAAGGAGAGGAAGGUGCUACAAAAGGUCUUAGAGCAGAAGGAGAAGAAGAGUCAGCGUGCCGAACUGCUCCAGAAACUGAGUGAAGUCCAAGUGUCGCAGGCUGAAAUGAGUCUCUUCUACACCACAGCCAAGCUAGGCACCGGGGACCGCAUGUAUCAUGUCAAAGAGAGGAAGCCUGACCAGCCCGCUGCCAGGGGUCAGGAGAAAGUCAGUAGCCUCGGUGGGGCCCAUCGGAAGCGCCAGAGGUCACCAUCAACAGAAGAAGACUCUGAGUCUUCAGAAGAUUCAGAGCCUGAGGAAGCCACAGCUGAGCAGCCUAGGACCAGCACAGGGACAGAGCCAGUGCAUCUGCCACCAGCUCCUUCUGGGAUCCAGAGGCCUGCUCCCACCCCACAGCCCCCUCCAUCUGGGACCUCUGCACCUCCAAAAGCACCAGCCUCUGCCCCACCUCCACCUCUGGCCAAGCCUGCUGUAUUCAUCCCUGUGAACCGCACCCCUGAAAUGCAGGAGGAGCGGCUCAAGCUCCCGAUCCUCGCUGAAGAGCAAGUCAUCAUGGAGGCAGUGGCCGAGCACCCCAUUGUCAUCGUGUGUGGCGAGACUGGCAGUGGGAAGACUACACAGGUGCCCCAGUUUCUCUACGAAGCAGGCUACAGCAGUGAGGACAGCAUCAUCGGUGUCACAGAACCCCGCCGAGUGGCUGCCAUAGCCAUGUCCCAGCGGGUGGCCAAGGAGAUGAACCUGUCACAUCGGGUUGUCUCCUACCAGAUCCGCUACGAAGGGAAUGUGACUGAAGAAACCAGGAUCAAGUUCAUGACGGAUGGUGUGCUGCUCAAAGAGAUCCAGAAGGACUUCCUGUUGCUGAAAUACAAGGUGGUGAUCAUCGACGAAGCCCACGAGCGGAGUGUCUACACAGAUAUCCUUCUCGGCCUCCUGUCCCGCAUUGUUGCUCUCCGGGCCAAGAGGCGCCUGCCCCUCAAGCUGCUCAUCAUGUCUGCCACGCUUCGGGUGGAGGACUUUACCCAGAACCAGCGGCUUUUCACCACCCCUCCCCCGGUCAUCAAGGUUGAGUCUAGGCAGUUCCCCGUGACAGUACAUUUUAACAAGCGAACCCCACUGGACGACUACAGUGGCGAAUGCUUCAGGAAGGUCUGCAAGAUCCACCGGAUGCUGCCUGCGGGUGGCAUCCUGGUGUUCCUCACAGGGCAGGCUGAGGUGCAUGCACUCUGCCGUCGGCUUAGGAAGGCCUUCCCCAUUCGUUCCUCCCAGCCCCAAGAAAAGGAAGAGGACUCCGCAGAAGGGAUGCGGAGGUUUAAGAAGUCCCGGACAAGGGCUAGGAAGAUCCAGGCCGUGGCCUUGCCCCAGAUCAACCUGGACAACUACUCUGUCCUGCCAGCUGGCGAAGGCGAUGAGGACAGGGAGGCAGAGAUGGAUGACGAAGAGGAGGCCCUGGGCUCUGACCUAGAUCUGGACCUGGGGGACAGUGAGGCAAAUGAAGGUGAGCAGCCAGACGCCUCCCUGCCCCUUCACGUGCUCCCACUCUACUCUUUGCUGGCCCCUGAGAAGCAGGCACAGGUCUUCAGACCUCCUCCAGAGGGGACGAGGUUGUGCGUCGUGGCCACCAAUGUGGCCGAAACAUCCCUCACCAUCCCCGGUAUCAAGUAUGUGGUGGACUGUGGGAAAGUCAAAAAACGCUAUUAUGACCGUGUCACAGGCGUGUCCUCCUUCCGAGUCACUUGGGUCUCCCAAGCAUCCGCUGACCAGCGGGCGGGUCGUGCAGGCCGGACAGAGCCAGGCCACUGCUACAGGCUGUAUUCCUCGGCUGUUUUCGGGGACUUUGAGCAGUUUCCUCCUCCAGAGAUAACCCGCAGACCAGUGGAGGACUUGAUCCUGCAAAUGAAAGCACUCAACAUUGAGAAGGUCAUCAACUUCCCGUUCCCCACACCUCCGUCCGUGGAGGCCCUCGCUGCUGCGGAGGAGCUGCUGAUUGCCCUGGGGGCCCUGCAGGCCCCUCCGAAACAGGAGAGAAUGAAGAAGCUGCAGAUGUCACAGCUGAGCUGCCCCAUCACCGCUCUGGGGCGGACCAUGUCCACCUUCCCUGUGGCCCCCCGCUAUGCCAAGAUGCUGGCGCUGAGCCAGCAGCAUGGCUGCCUGCCCUACACCAUUGCCAUCGUGGCUGCCAUGACUGUGCGGGAGCUGUUUGAGGAGCUGGACAGACCAGCUGCCAGUGAAAAGGAGCUUGCAGAGCUGAAGGGCCGGCGAGCCCGUGUGGCCCAGAUGAAGAGGACCUGGGCCGGGCAGGGGGCAUCUCUGAAGCUUGGCGACCUCAUGGUGUUGCUGGGUGCCGUGGGAGCCUGUGAGUACGCUGGCUGCUCACCCCAGUUCUGCCACGCUAACGGACUGCGCUACAAGGCCAUGCUGGAGAUCCGGCGCCUGCGUGGCCAGCUGACUACCGCAGUCAAUGCAGUGUGCCCCGAGGCCGGCCUUUUCCUGGACCCCAAAAUGCAGCCUCCUACUGAGAGCCAGGUGACCUACCUGCGGCAAAUCAUGGCAGCUGGCCUGGGUGACCACCUGGCCCGCCGGGUUCAGAGCGAGGACCUGCUGGACCCCAAGUGGAAGAACGCCUACAAGACUCCUCUUCUAGAUGACCCCGUCUUCAUCCACCCCAGCUCUGUACUCUUCAAAGAGUUGCCUGAGUUCGUGGUCUACCAGGAAAUUGUGGAGACCAGCAAGAUGUACAUGAAAGGUGUCUCCACCGUGGAAAUCCAGUGGAUCCCUUCCCUGCUGCCUUCUUACUGCCAGUUCGAUGCGCCCCUGGAGGAACCAGCCCCCACUUACUGCCCAGAGUCAGGACGGGUGUUGUGCCACCGGGCCAGCGUGUUCUACCGCGUGGGCUGGCCACUCCCUGCCGUCCAGGUGGACUUCCCUGAAGGCAUUGACCGCUACAAGUACUUUGCACGGUUUCUGCUGGAGGGACAGGUCUUCCGCAAGCUGGCUUCAUUCAAGAGCUGCCUGCUAUCUAGCCCCAACACCAUGCUGAAGACUUGGGCCAGGCUGCAGCCCAGGACAGAGACCCUAUUGAGAGCCCUUGUGGCCGAGAAGGUUGAUUCUCGUGAUUCCCUGCUGUCUGUAUGGAAGAAAAGCCCCAAAUACCUGCUGGCUGAAUACUGUGAGUGGCUCCCAAAGGCUAUGCACAGCGAUGUUGAGAAGAACUGGCCCCCUACCACUGACGGUUGACCACACACCCAGCUGCGCCAUCAGCCAGCUCCUAGGCUGUGACCAGGAGCCCCGCUGUAGCCCUGGAUACCCAAUUCAGAGGCAGGCUCACAGCCACACUGACCAGGAGUGCCUUCUUUAUGACUGUUAGAAGAAGACAGACAUGGUUUGUCUUCCACAUCCCUUCCCAUCUAAAAUGGACUCUUUGGGUAACAUUAGACACUGGAUACACAGAGCUACACUGGCGCAGGAAAGUGGACCCUUCUCCCAGGGCACCUGUGCGGGCGGCCUCAUAGCACCUUGGGGAGCAGAUGCACUGCAGACUUCUGUGACCCAGUGACUUUCCUGGAAGCUUGGCCCCAGACAAGGGUUGGAUCACCCCAGAGUUUUGCUCCACAUGGAAGGAGAUUGGUUUCCUUCUAUUGCGUUCUAUGCAUUAGUGGACAGCAGGUUUUGUCUUUAAAAGCUGCUCUAGCUGGGUAUGGCCAGUAAACCUGUGGCCUCGGCUGGUAAGGAUCACAAAUACAAGGCCAGCCUGAGCUACACAGCACGGAUGUCUUCUGUUUAUCAAGACAGGGUUUCUCUGUGUAACUCUGGCCAUCCUAGAACUAGGCCUGUAUACCAGGCUGGCCUCAAACUCAGAGAUCCCCCUGCCUCUGCCUGUACUGGGAUUAAAGGUGUAUGUUGCUACCGCCCACCAGACUCUGUCUCAGACAGUUUUGUUAAGUGUUUGUGGUAUGUGAGCCAUGCGGUGGUGGCGCACGCCUGUAAUCCCAGCACUUGGGAGCCAGAGGCAGGCAGAUUUCUGAGUUUCAGGCCAGCCUGGUCUACAGAGUGAGUUCCAGGACAGCCAGGGCUACACAGAGAAACCCUGUCUCCAAAAAAACAAAAAACAAAAAUAAUAAUAAUAAUAUUUUUAGUUAAA